AUGGUUUCGAAAAUCACGCGAGCUGCUACUGCAGCAGCAAAAAGGGCGGCUGCACGCAUACGUGCGGCCGCUGAAAGUGCCUCUCAGGCCUCAGCAGCAGGCGAUUCGUCGCCUGUUGUUGUGAAUCGUCCACGUGGUGAGUCACCACGUGCGACAGGUAGAUCCGUUGCGUCCGCAGCGGGUACCUCGAAUCGUAGUCAAGAUGAGUUUGAGAUAGAGCUCAUCUAUUCUGGCAAGUUGGAUGAUACAUCCGGCUCGAAGGCGACGCCUCACGACUCCGGACCACCCGGGGCGGACACUGCAAGAGCCAAGUUGACUGGCUCUGGGAACGUGGCGGCAUCAUGUCCGAGAUCUUCGAACCGGGCGAAUCUUCGGACGAAUUCUCGUCUCGUGCAAGUCCAUUCAACGAUAGGACGCGUGGAGAUGGUGGUGAUGCACCUAUGCAUCACCACGAAGGCCAGGGACCGAAAUGCCCUGCGCCACGCUCCCCAAGUGGAGUCUCCGUGGAUGCCGUCAUCCAGAGAGUUGGACCGGUUGGCCGGCACGACUACCGAACGGGAUCGCAUCCCGUUGUUCGAUUGCAGGAAGAUUUGCCCUCCUGAUUCCAGCACGGAAACUAUCCGUGCUGAGGAAGAGUUCUUCACCGAUGCGUUCUUCAAACAUCGGUGGUACAAUGGUAGCCGUGUACGAGACGGCAAAGCCUUGGUGCAGGGAUGGAAUGCCCUCAUCCACAACAUCGAGUGUAUUGGCCGUGAGGCUUGGCUCGCCAAACUUGAUGCAGCUCGCAUCAGGUUUGAGAAACGCAACCCAGUCGGGGCGCGAUACAAGUUGCACCGGCUUUCAAGAGAGGCAGGAUUACCCUGUCUCUCGUGGGGUGAUUCGCGUCCAGGUUGCCUGGACAAUUCGAACCGUGCCCCUAGGGAGGCCUACCUCCCUAAUGAUCCCUACUGGAGGGCGCGCAUCUCUUCCGAGAUGGCCGAAGGGUUUGACACUUUGCAAUCCCUGUACUCGCGUUCGGGGAGGUCGUUUUCCGACGGCCCUUCUUUAAACGCAGCGGGUGGGUCUUGUCGUACUGCUCGACGAGACCAAGGACAUCAACAAUCAGCUGGGCACGAGGCUCCCAGCUGUCCCACGCCGGUGGAUAGCCACGCCAGCGGACGAGGUAACUCGUCCGGACGCCAUUCACAUCGCGGUGGUUCCAAAUACGCUCCACUAGAAAGCAUUGACCACCGCUUGAGUCCACCAAAGGAUGUGGUGGCUGUGGGAAUACCUGAUCCGGCUCGUGGGUCGGAUCAGGUCGAUGUUCAAGAGCUGAACCGUCUAACAGAACAGUUGCAAGAUGACCUGGCUCAUUAA